AUGGCAGAGGAGCUUCAGUUACAGGUGCUACAAGAAAUGCAAAGGCAGAUGCAGGACUUGAGGGCAGAGAUGGCAGCAAUAAGGGCGGAUCGGGGUAACGGGGCGGGGAGACAGUCGGUGCAGUCGGUGAAUAAUGAGGUCGCCAAUCCAGAGAAUAGAGGGGAGAGUAAUCGUCCCACACGUGAAAAUGGGACGCGGGAGGUAACUAAUGCCUCAAGACGUAAUACGCAGGGUGGAGGGCGAAACAUGGAGAAUCAAGCGGGGCAGAACAUGGGGAAUCAGGCAGGGCACAAUGUGGAGAAUCACCAGGGGCGAAAUGUGGGAAACCGGCCGGGAUACAAUGUGGAGAAUCCAAUACCCAUGAAUAAUGCGGUCCAUGAAGACUAUUUAGCGCUUGUAGAACGUCUUGAUCAAGCCGAGGGGCUUCAUCCUUUUACCGCAACGGUGAUGAGGGCGCCCAUGCAUGAAAAUAAAUUGCUCCCAAUAAUGGAAAAGUAUGAAGCGAUAACCGAUCCUGAAAAGCAUCUUAGGUCUUUUGUUGAUGUUAUCGCGAUUUAUUCUUUAGAUGAUUCGGUUUGGUGCAGAGUAUUCUCGUUGUCUUUGAAGGAUGAGGCGUUGGAUUGGUUUCAUUCAUUGCAACCUGAGACGGCCGACAGGUUCGCAACGCUAAGAUAUUUAUUCAAUCAACAAUAUGCAUCCAACAGAACGCAGGGAUUAACGUACCUUGCUUUAGUCCGGAUGAGGCAAGGGAGAGAAGAAACGCUUAAGGCGUUUAUGGACCGCUUUAAUCAAACCGUGCGUCAAAUAAGAAAUGUGGAUCAGAAGUUAAUCAUAGGUGCCCCGACAAUGAUGCUAAGACCGAGACCUUUCGUGGACUUUCUUUAUGCAGAGGAACUCCAGACAUUGGCCGAGCUGCGGAUAAGGCAACAAUGUUUAUUUGAAUUGAGGAGGGGCGUGCUUUCCAACAAGCACAAAGAGAAGAAGUGCUUCUGCAGGCCAGAUCAAACCGUGGGAGGAAGGAUGGAGGGCGAAUGUUGA